UUUACACUUUGCCCACCAAUCUUUUUCCGGCGACACUUUAACCCUUGAACUUCAGGAUUUGUUACACUUUCCGACUUCCGGCCAUCGGACUCGCAAAAUGAAGGGCAAAGUCGACCUUUCAGAAUUCUAGGGCAAAGAAAAAUUCAAGAAAAUGUGGAGGCAGACGUCGGAGGUGACCUUGGAUGAGUAUUGCACUUGUGGAAAGCGGACGGUGAUGGUGACGUCGUGGACGGACAACAACCCUGGAAGGCGAUACGCGAAGUGCAAUGAGAGUGGAUGCAAACGUUUUGUGUGGAUCGACCCUCCAAUGUGUACAAGAGCUCGACAAAUUAUCCCUGGACUUUUGAGACGCAUUAAUCUGGCAGAGGCUGAAUUGGCAAGCAAGAAAAAAAGGGUGAAGUGGCUGUGGUUUGCUAUUGUUGUUUCAUGGAUCAUGAUGUUUUUCCUUCUUAAGAAGUAGGCAGGCUAAGUUGAUAUGGUGUUAGACUUGUUUUGUUAUCUUUGUUUUGGAUGGAGUGAUUGUGGUGUGGCUAAGUUCUUAAGUUAGUGAAGUAUGACUUAUUCAAAUGUUUGUGUAAUGUGGUUUGUGAUUCAAAUGGUUUGUGUAAUGAAUGUGGGAUUUUGGUAUUGAAAGGCUUUUGUAAGACCUGUUCUGUUCAAUUUGUAUGGAAUGUGCUU